AUGUUUGCUUACGCGGCGAUGACACCAUCGGUUGAAUUCGUGAACGGAAUGUCGAUUCCGAUCAUUGGUUUAGGAACUUAUGAUAUGACUGACGAUCAGUCGGUUAUGAGUCGUGUGCUGACCGAUGCCAUAGAUGUCGGUUAUAGACAUAUAGACACCGCUUAUAUCUAUCAAAACGAAGAGAUUAUCGGCAGAUCUUUGACACAAAUGUUUGCAAACAAUACGACCAAAAGGAAAGACCUGUUCAUCACGAGUAAAGUGUGGAGUACUUUCCACAAGCGGUCAGCAGUGGUCGAGGCGUUAAAGCUAUCACUCAAUAAUCUGGGUCUCGACUAUUUAGAUCUGGCAUUAAUUCAUUGGCCGAUUGCACUCAAGUCGGGCACCGGAUAUCUCUGGCCAUUAGAUGAAAACAAUAUGACUUUAGACGAAAACAUAAGUGUUGUCGAGACGUGGAAAGGCAUGGAAGACGCCUAUCGACUCGGUUUGGCUAAAAGUAUUGGCGUUUCUAACUUUAAUUCAGAGCAAUUGUCUCGUGUAUUAAAGCAUUCAUUUAUUAAACCGGUUGUCAAUCAGUUUGAAACACAUCCCUAUCUAUCGCAAGAAAAAUUAGUUCAAUUCUGUCAUAACAAUAGCAUUCAAGUUAUCGCUUACUGUCCCAUAGGAAAGGCAGACAAGGGUUUACUUAAUGAACCGAUUCUGACAACUAUUGCGGCCAAGAAUAACAAGACUGUCCCACAAGUGAUGCUCCGUUGGCUCAUUCAGAGAGACAUUAUUGUUAUACCGAAAACAUCGAAAAGACAGCGACUGAUGGAAAAUAUUAAUAUUUUUGAUUUCCAAUUGACUGACGAAGAGAUGACCGAAAUAUUUAAACUUAAUAAAAACCAAAGAUUUAUUAAUCCAACGGAAGCCGUGAAUAAUAGAGAAUAUCCUUUUCAUAUUCCUUAUUAA